GCGGAGAACGGAGAUGAUUGGACAAACUGAAUUAUUUGUGACGGUUUUGCAGACUGUUUCUGAAUAGAAUUAGUGUAUUACAGAUUUAUGCUAAAUUGUAUGCUAAUAUUACCCUAUAUAUUUUCUUUAGCGGAACCCACGCGACCCCCCUUAACCCAAAUUUCCGUCCAAAAUGAAUUAUUCAUAAUGUUUGACAUUCAGAGCACGGGCAUCAAGUUAAAUCCGUUUCAAAGGAAGAUAAAAUACACUGAGAGCGCCUCAAAUGCAUAUGUUGAAUUAAUUUCGUCUGGGUGUUUUUGUAGAUUUGCAUACGUUUAUUUUGGUCGGUGUUACGUCUCCUAAUCAUAGAACAGCCUCCUUGAUGUUACCGCUAUGAAUUAACUUAUUUAGUUGAUUACAAACUAAUCAAUGGGUUAUCAGGCCGUAGUAAUGCACUCUCGGACAUCAGUAGCAUUCUAGGAAUAUUGUUUUUUGAGCCUACAUUUCUGUUACUUUUUUAUGAUAUCCAAGGAUUGUUUUUGUUUUAUUACGUUGUAUUGGUUCAGUCUGACUAACUCGUGCUCAACUGCAGUACUUGAGAUUUAUGGGUUAAUUGAGCGCCCGUUCCCGCGGCUCCAGUACAGCACAGUGGGGCUGUUGUGCGCUGCAGCGGAGGCGAUACCCCAUUGUGUUGAGGUCUAGUCAGAGCAACAGGCGUUACUCACAUCAACGCGAAACAGCACAAAGAAAAUACCCACUUUAAAAGGGAUCUUUUAUUUUACCAAAGGCUGAGGGAGAGAUUCAAGUGGGUGUUCGACAAGCCUGGCUGAAAAAGAACGGGGAAUCGUGAUUAUAAGGAAAAGUCAGGCUACACCAGUCACCCUCGCCUCUUUAUCAGGGACGGCUCAGGAGGAGCGUUUCAGCAGCGCAGGUCAAAGUUUUGUACAUCAAUGAAGUUCUGCAGACGCAUGGCAGGACACUCACAAGGAAAACAUAGGCUAUAUCAGAAUUUCAGGAGAAACCAGUGACCUUAAUUUUUUUUUUUUUUAAUUAUAUGCUAAUGUUUCCAAUGAAAAAUUGAAACAAGGACGUGAUUAUUGCAAUAUUUCGCUGAAGUGUUUUGGAAAUAUGUGACUUCUCCACGCUCUGAUGGAUCUGGUUGACUCUUGGAAUUUGGAAUGUAUUUGGUGUAUAAUACCAAAGUAUCCUCCCCCAUGCUGUUAUAUGACAAUAGUUGUGAAUAAGGGAGAUUAAUUGACAAAUAGAACUUCAAGUGAUCAAUACAUAUCUGCUGAAGGGAUGUACAGAUUUAUAGAAAUGGAAGAGAAAAUGCGAAUCCUGGAGGAUCUCAACAUGAUCUACAUCCGACAGAUCGCCAUGAGUUUACAGGACAGUGACAUCCAGAAGAAGAUCGACCAUGAGAUCCGCAUGCGAGAUGGCACGUGCAAGCUGCUGGCCGCCUGCUCCCAGAAGGACCAGGCCCUGGAGGCGGCCAAGAGUCUGCUGACCUGCAACGCCCGCAUCCUGGCCUACAUGUCCGAGCUGCAGAGGAUGAAGGAGGCGCAGGUCAUGCAGAGGAUGGAGCGCAGGCCUUCUGAUUCCAGUUCGUUAGACGACAGGCUACCCUGCAAGGGCAAAGUGGCCAUAUCAGACUUGCGUAUUCCUCUAAUGUGGAAAGACACAGAGUACUUCAAGAACAAAGGAGAGCUGCAUCGCUGCGCUGUCUUCUGUGUGCUGCAGCUGGGUGGUCAGAUCUUUGACACGGACAUGGUGAUGGUGGACCGGACGCUGACGGACAUCUGCUUUGAAAACACCAUUGUGUUUAGUGAUGCUGGCCCUGGGUUCGAGCUGCGCGUGGAGCUGUACAGCUGCUGUACGGAGGAGGACUUUUCAGCAGGGAACGCUCCCAGGAAACUGGCCAACAAGCUGAGCAGCUCCCUGGGCCGGUCCUCGGGGAAGAAGGUCCGGACGGCCCUGGAGCCGGGGGCCUGCAGUCCUGUGUAUAAUGGAGGAGGAGCCCCUCUACUCCUACCCUCGCCCUCUGUCCCGGGGCCCAAGUAUCAUCUGCUAGCUCACACGUCUUUGACCCUGGCGCAUGUCCGCGACAGCUUCAGAACCCAUGACCUGACCAUUUGCGGCAACGAGGAGUGCUCCUAUUGGCUGCCUCUGUAUGGCAGUGUGUGUUGUCGUCUGGCUGCUCAGCCCGACUGUAUGAUUCAGGAGAUGAUGAGUGGCAGCCUGAAGGUCAAGCAGCUUGGAGAAGAUCCUCAGAGUUGGACAAACAUAUACGGUGUCUUGAGGGGGACCAGCCUCAUCUGUUACCACCGGCAGGAAGAUAAACAAGCUCACGUGGAGCCAGCUUUUACUAUUGCCGUCAAUAAGGAGACGAGGAUCCGGGCCACGGAGAAGGACCCUCUCAGCAAACUGCAGAGCAUCUCCAUCAGCAACCACUACGGUGGGGAGGAGGUGACCCACACCCUGGCCGCAGAGAGCCGAGAGGACACCCAGCGCUGGAUGGAGGCCUUCUGGCAGCAGUUCUACGACAUGAGCCAAUGGAAACAGUGCUGUGACAAUCUGAUGAAGAUUGAGGUUCCAUCACCACGGAAACCCACCCUUGUGACGGCAAAGCAGGGCUCCCUUUACCAUGAGAUGGUUAUUGAUACCACCGAUGACCUUGAAGCAGUAACGGACAUGUGGCAGAGGCACAUGCAAGAGUUUGAGUUGUGCAGCCAUCUUGGGACUUCCCCUCAUUGGAUGUCCUUGUUUGAGGAGGUCCCGAGUUGCAGAGCAGCCGGUCAGAGUCCCCAGCCCCGCUGCCGCGCCCCCCGGAGCCCACGCCCCAGCCCGCGGUCCGACAGCGAUAGCCCCGAGCCCUGCUCCUGCCGCAGCUGGCCAGAAGCCCUGCCCCCUUGGCGCCCCCGCACCCUCUCCCUGGACACUAAACUGGGCAGCCCGCAGGGCAGCGGAUACGGAGGCCUGCAGUGCCGAUGUCAGGCCCCGCCCUCCAACUCCAACCCUUCCUGCCAACCCCCACAGCAGGGCCUGUCCUCCACCUCCACCUCCACCUGCAGCAACAGCUCCACCGAUGGCAGCACCGCCUCCGAUUCGGACUCCGCCCCCUUUCCACGCUCCACCCUGGGCAGCCGCAGCCUUGGGGGCCUACAAGCCAAGCUGGCCCCAUGCACAUGGCUGCAGACUCAGGUGUAGUGCUCCUCCUAAAUCUGCAUCAGAGGGUUCGGCAUGCCAGCAAACCUCAGUCUCACCCCACUGCUCCCUCUGAGUCUCAGGUUAUUUGCUCUUUGUGCUCUGGCUUUGUUGCAGAGCCUAGGCAGUCAUGUCAGCAUGUAAGGCAAUAAUAGUUUUUAUUGGGUAUUUUAAAUUACUGGGACACCCGCAUUACUCCAAUCACUCUGGCACCUCAAACACAAAGAAGACUUGAGUUGGCCUUUGAUGAUGAAGAGGGGAAAAAAAACAAAUGGCGAAUUACAAGGCAAUAAACCUUUCAGCAAGGAUGUGGUUUACAGUAAUUUUAUGAUCUGACUCCUGAUAUCCACUCUUUUCUGGGUACCUGGCUGUCAUGAGUCUCCCAGUGGAGAGGAAGGGUGGCUACAGUAGUAGUGCUCUACAGUCACCCACUCGGCUUUUCACAGAGUGCAUUAAGUAUGCACAAGAAGAGGGCCUACUCAUUUAUAACUGCUGAUGUGCACAAGAAGAGGGCCUACUCAGCGGCCUUUAAAGUGACCAAGACCUCCACUUUCUGUCAGCUGAGUGGAAUGUUGAUUGAGACAUAUGGUGUGUAACAGUAAAAAGGAUAAGGUAGAGACCAUCAGUUGAAUUCAGACCAAAGAUGGGAAAAACACUGAUAAUGUUAGAGCUUUGGCCAAUGUGUGUGUGUGGUUUUUUAAAAAAUUAAAUCAAUAGCUGGAAAAGCUGGUAAAUUAAUUAUUGAAUGCACCAUUAUUGGAGUUUAAAUUAAUGGAAUAAUGCAAUAUAUACUCAUCGGUGGUAACGUUCUCAACAUGGAUGGCAGUUGGUUUACUAAAAGAGUGUUGUACUGAGCAGAAAAUGUGUGGAGCCUGUUGAAAAGUGGAGUGCAGUCAGUGACUGUCUAUCCAGGACCCAGUUAUUUUGCAAGUUAGGUCACAUUUCUUUUUAAAACUGUGCCUAAACUAUGAUAAUCUCCCGUAUGCAAACAUCACCCUGUACCCCUCAGUUCCUCUAGCCUACCUUCUGCCUUCUGUCAACUGCCAGCUUGCCUAUGUAUUGAGUUUUCACUAUGCAGAAAAACAAAACCCAGCAGUGACAUUUGGCCAACAGGGAAGUAUUUUUCAGGCUAGUAUUUAUUUAUUUAAAUUAUUUAUUAGCUUACCAGAUAUCCUUAUCCAGGACAAUUGAAAAAUGUUGUCAAAUACUCAUAUUAUCCAUGUGAAAACGUACUUGCCCCUUAAAGGGUCGUUACACUCUAGAUCAUUUUUUUUUAGCUGUAAAAAAUUUUCUUUUCUUUUUUUUUUUGUAUUCCUACUUUAUAAUGAAACAUUUUAAUCCAUGCCGUUAUUUCAACAUUUCUAAAAUAAUAUCAUUUUAUCAGGAAAAAAAUGGUAAAAAUAAACAUCUUGGUCCUGCCCUCUAACGAAAAAUGCUUUCUGCAUUCCCCUCUGGCCCUGCCCCAAUCAUGAUAUCUGAGUACCUCUUCGGAUAUACUACUACGUCAUAUAGAUGUCAGUCAAGAUAUCCUGUCGGAAAAUUGUUGCCACCCACAAAUUCGUCCGUUUACUUUUUAAAAUAAUGGAACACUGCCGGCACCUGUUUGGCUAGAUUUGUUUUGGCCCAAUGCUUUUCAAACCGGAGAAACAUGGCAGCCUGUUCAUAAACUCUCAUAUUCUACCUAAACAGUCCACUGAAAUAUGUUUCUGAAAACAAUUGAGGCAAGAAAUAGGCCAUGUAAUUGCUGAAUCUUGGUUCAUAUUUAACCUGCAAUGCCUUGUUUGACAGUUUGAUCCAAGUUUCGUGAGCCUAUGCUGUACAAAUAAUUUGCAAAUAGAAUACUAUAUGAAAAUUAGUUUGACACACCUACUCCACCCACGCAAGGAGGCAUUUUUCAGAAUUGUGUAGUAGGCGGGGCCAGGCUGAAUCAGUGAGUGCAAUUACUCUUUAAGCUUAAUAACUGGUUUCACCACCUUUAGCAGCAACAUCUGCAACUAAACACUUCCUUUGAUAUCAGUCUUUCAUAUCGCUGUGGAGGAAUUUUCACCCAUUCUACUUUGCAGAACUGCUUUAAUUCAGAGAAUUGGUUUUUGGGGAUGAACUGCUCAUUCCAGGUCCUGCCAUAGCAUCUCUGUUCGGUUUAAGUCAGGACUUUGACUGGGCCACUCCAAAAUGUUCAUUUAUGCUGUUCUAAUUGUGAAAUGCUGUAUUUGCGUUAUGCCAGACAUAAUGGGACCCGUGUUGCCAAAGAGUUCCACUUUUGACUCAUCUAUCCAUAGACCAUUAUCCCAAAAGGCUUUGUGAUCAUUCAAGUGCCCGUUUGCAAAUGUGAGAUGAGCAGUGAUGUUUCUCCUGGUUUAGCAGUGUUUUCCGCCUUGCUACUUUCCCAUGAAAACCAUUCAGACAUGGCACACAUGAAAUAAUGGGGAAAUCAGGAAGGGGGCAAAUACUUUUUCACAGCACUGUAUCUUACAUGAUUUCAUAUUAGCCUGUUUGUACGCCUGGGAGUUUGCUGGCACUUGUUUAGUAUUAGAACCAUGUUCAACAGUCUAACAGCAGUGUUGUGUCUGGGAUUCAAACCUGAAUAUUUCUAGUUUCAGUUCCAUGACUAAUCUGUCACACAGUACCUCCAGGGGAAAUUUCUUUGAUUUUUAUAUUGGAAUCAAGGGCUUUGCAUUUACUGUGUGCAGUACGUUUUAUGUAACAUGCUACGAAAGUAAUUGUAUGACACAAUACAUCGUCCAAUCCCAUGAGAGUACUUUUUAAAAUUUUCAAAAAUCUUUCCUUUUAUGAGCAUGCUCAUUCAGACCAUUUGGCACUGUUUUAUGCAGGCUUCCUCUCAGGUCCUGAACAACAAUCCCAUUGUCCUACCGUCUUAUUUAACAAGCAGAUUCAACUGUGUUUCCUAAGGAUUUUAUUGAGCCGUGCUAAGUUAAUAUAUCAUGAAUGUUAGAAAAGAGGCAUUUGUUAAUGUAAAGUUUUGUAAUUUAACUUCAUCUAAUGCUUUUUAGAGAUUAAAACAUUUUUACAUAGUUGGAUUUUUAUUUAAAUACUGACAUGAUGUCAGGCAAGUUUACCAGACUAAUAUAGGGCAAUGACCAUUGAGAUUGAUAGCACUAAAAGUUAAUCUUUUGAUGUGAGCAUUUUGUCCACAGGCUGUUUGCAUGGGUCAGUGAUUAAGGGAGAUUGCAAAGUGUAACAGUUAUUAUUAAACAAAAGUUUUAAAAUGAUAAAUAAUGUAUGAUUUAUGACUGUAGUUUGAAUGCUUCUGGUGUGCCUUUUUUCCACACUGUACUCUUUCUGGUAAUUAAGCACACAUUCAUUAUCAUGUAAGUAUUACCUCACCGUUCAGGUUAAAAAGGUCUUCAAAAUGAAUGAUGAGUUGAUUUAUUAAUAAAUUGUUAUUAUAAAAAGUUAUUAUAAUUUGAACUCACACCAACAUUUAGUCCCUUUGAUAUGCCAAGCAAAUGCCUGACUAAAAUUACUAUGGAUUUUGUUCACUGGAUUGUUGCCAUAAAAAGGAGACUGGCUUUA